CAACUCACAACAGUGGGCGGAGCUGGCGAAACAGUUGUUUUGCUUGGUCAACUCUGAUUGGCUGGUGAAUACACUGCUCGGCACCUGAUUGGUCCUUUCGCCCAACCAGGAGGUGUUGAAGCGACCGCAGAGCCAACAGCUAGCCCGCAGCAGCAGUCUUCUUGCUAGCUAAAAGGGAACGGGGUCCUCGCAAUGGGAGCUAGCACACCUUAAAUGACAUUACUCCUUUUAUACUCAUGUAAACAUUUAUUCCAUUUAAUCGUCUUUUCGUGACGCCUUAGGAAGAAGCCCACAAAGAGCGAGGAUGUUGGUCCCCGCGGGAAGAUAAUGAAGAGGUUGCGUGUUCUGUUGGUGUGCCUGAUUGUAGCUCUCUUGUGCCGGUACCCUAGUCAUCAUGCCUAUUGUUCGGAGCACAGCUCGUCUGGCCCAGGUGAGCCUGCUGAGGACAGGGACAACAUCCCGGAUGACCGAACGCUGGAACAGGACUCCGCAGAACCUCAGGAGAUGGAAGAAUGGACGACACACACCUCCUACACUGUGGGACAAGAGGCUGAGAGAGCAGCACACAACGUACAUCAAGAACAGUCUGUGAAUCUACAUGGAGCAGAGGAAGAAACCAACUCGGAGUCCGAUACUGUACCAGUCGCCAAUGAGCCAGAACCCUCAGCAGACCAUGUUGUUGAUUCGGACCCACAGACAAAAACUUGUGUCCAAUACCAGGACCGUGACCAGGAAGCUCCGGUUUCCUCCACAUUAGAGCUAGUUUCAGCAUCCGAAGAUGCCCCGCGCCCCGACAAGCUCCUUGACGCUGACUCCGCUGCUGCUGACUCGGACCCUGUUGCAAUUCUGCAUGAAGCCGACAACACACCUACCUCAGAGAGUGCUGCUCCGACUCACACAGGUGCAGUGCGGGUUGCCAGUUCAGGAGAUGAGCCCCCAGCAGACAGCUUUGUCUUUGCUGAGCACUCUGACUCGCAAUGCGGGGUCAUUCCCGCCAAACUGGCAACCUGUGAAAACUCCCCUUUCGGCAGCCCUCUCUCCAGAGAAGACAAGGCUGACACAGAGGACCAGCAGUCGGACCAGAACCAGGAUUCGGGUCCAGAAGCAGUGGCUGAAUCCACUGCAGUCCGUGAGGAACAGGAGCGGGAGGAGGGACAGGCUGACAUGGAACCGGAGAACAGCCUCCCAGCCUUGCAGCACCAAGAGCAGCAGGUCAGUCUGGAGAUGCAAGCUGCUACUGGCAGAGAGUCGGAUCCCUCGGUCCCCAGCAAAGACGACAUCCCGACAUUUGACGAGUGGAAAAAGCAAGUCAUGGAGGUGGAGAAGGAGAAAAGUCAGAGUCUCCAUACGGCCACCAGCGGCAGCACCCAGUCAGUGAAGAAGGUCCAGAAAAACUUCAAGAAUAAUUACGCCUCGGUGGAAUGCGGCGCUAAGAUACUGUCUGCAAACAACGAGGCCAAGAGCACUUCCGCUAUUCUCAUGGAGAACAUGGAUCUUUACAUGCUGAAUCCCUGCAGCAACAAAAUAUGGUUUGUGAUCGAGCUCUGUGAGCGCAUACAAGUCAAGCAGCUGGACAUUGCAAACUUUGAGCUCUUCUCAUCCACGCCUAAGGACUUUGUUGUUUCCCUCAGUGACAGGUAUCCCACCAACAAGUGGGUGAAGCUGGGGACUUUCCAUGCCCGCGACGAGCGCAUCAUCCAGAGUUUUCCACUGGAUGAGCAGCUUUAUGCUAAAUAUGUGAAGAUGUUCAUCAAGUACAUAAAGGUUGAGCUGCUUUCCCACUUUGGGUCGGAACACUUCUGUCCCCUGAGUCUGUUCAGGGUGUUUGGAACCAGUAUGGUGGAGGAAUACGAUGAGGCAGACUCCCAGGACCCGUCUGAAAGGCUGGAGUACUUAGUAGAUGAAGACUAUGACUAUCCACCCGGCUACCAGCCAUCAGAAGACAAGGCUUCGAAAAACCUGCUUGGCUCCGCGACAAAUGCCAUCCUCAACAUGGUGAACAACAUUGCUGCUAAUGUGCUGGGUGGUAAACAUGAACUGCAGGAAGAGGGGGCAGAGGCUGAAGGUAACGUGACAGCAGAGGUGAUGACAGACCAAGAGGGGAGCUUAAAGGUUACGCUGAUGCCAGCUGAAAUCACCGGAGACUCUUCCACUCAAAAACCAGAAGAACCCACCACCCACAAGGACUCGGAUUCCUCCAGCGUUUCCUCUGCGUCGUCUUCCCUUCUGCCCCAUACAGACAGACAGAUUGUCACUCUUGUUGAAGAGGAGGACGACGAAGAUCCCCACCAGUCAACCGUCACCCUGAUGGAAGAGGAGGGCGAUGAGGAAGAGGAGAAGAAAGCAGAGGAGGCAGCAGACAGGCACCAGUGGGAGAGCCAGUUGUACUGUCCUGGCUUGCCCCUGUCCUCGCUCUCCUUGUCCUGCAUGGCCACGCUGCCCGAGCUGCUCCACCGCUGGUGCUCCGCCGUGCUGGCCAGGGAGCGACUUCGAAGACUUUACGCGCAGACACGCCCCCGUGUAAAAGGCCCCGCCCUCACGCGGUCAACUCUUCAGGUACCCGACCCUGCUUCCACACCCUUACCGGAGACCCUUCCCCUCACUGAAACGACCACAGAGAUGGAGGCGCCUCUCAAGAGCCAAAGCGAGGUCUCCCCCACGCCGCACGUCGACUCCCACACUCCGCAGCUCGACUUCCUUCUGGAGCCGAGCAGACCCUCCACCCUUCAUCCUCACAGCCUCUCAGACCCCCACAGUUCCCUGACGCGACCCACCCCCACACACGAGUACGUGCUGCUUCCUCCCAUUAAAGACGCCGCCCUGAAUCCUGUCCCCACUCCCCCACUCCAGGUUUCCGCUGUCCCAGAGACCAUGUUGAGCAGCGUCGCCACCACCUUCAUCACGAGCCCAACCCAACAACUUCUAACCCAGGAGACCGCUUCUCCAGAUGCUGCACUCCUCACUGCUAAGGAGCAACCUGUGCAAGCUCUCCCCACCGCCUCGAAGCCUGAGGACCUUGUGUCCCCUCCCACGGAGCAACCGGCCGCCCCCCCACUCACGGACUCCGAUGCAGUCAAGUCGGGGGAGGAGACCAGGGACCCACAUAAAUUUGCUUCUCCAGAGGAGCAGGCAGACCCGCUCCCUCAAGGCGGGGAACCCCAGGACACGGGGUAUGAGGACCUGUUGCACACUAACGGGAAUGUGCACCGCACCGCCACCGAUUUCUACGCAGAAAUGCAGAACGGAGGCGAUUACAGCGGCGGGGCCGCGAAUGGCGCAACGGUACACGGCUCCAGCCAGAAGGAAAGCGUCUUCAUGAGGCUCAACAACAGGAUCAAAGCCCUGGAGAUGAACAUGAGUCUGUCUAGCAGAUAUCUGGAGGAGCUCAGCCAGAGAUACCGUAAACAAAUGGAGGAGAUGCAGAGGGCGUUCAAUAAGACCAUCAUCAAGCUGCAGAACACAUCUCGCAUUGCUGAGGAGCAGGACCAGAAGCAGCAGGACUCCAUCCAGGUUCUUCAAAGUCAGCUGGAGAAUGUCACUAAACUGAUGCUCAAUCUCACCGUUACCAUCAACCAGCUUCAGAAAGAGGUAUCUGACCGUCAGAGCUACCUCGUGGUCUCUCUGGUUCUGUGCGUGUCUCUGGGCCUCCUCAUGUGCCUGCAGUGCUGCCGCAGCUCCAGUGCCGCUCCAAAAGACAACCCUGCUGCUCUUCCUAAGAGCAACCACUACCCCAGCCCCAAGAGAUGCUUCUCUUCCUAUGACGACAUGAGCCUGAAGCGAAGAGUUACCUGUCCUCUUGUUCGAUCAAAGUCCUUCCACCUAUCUUCUACUGAAGGUCCAGAUGACUUGUACAUUGUAGAACCUCUAAGGUUUUCUCCAGAGAAAAAGAAGAAACGCUGCAAAUCAAAGUCUUUGGACAAAGUGGAAACUCUGAAGGCGUCGGACCCUCCGGCUGCCCUCUUCAACGGUGAAAUUAAAUGCAACGGUUUCCACGCAUCCCUUCCACUCCCCGCCCUUCCUCAGCAUCCUCCUUCCCCACCGCCACUGCCUCCUCCGCCGCCGCCGCCGCCGCCGCCUCCUCUGCCGGAUAUGCCCUCAUUGCCCCCCCGCGCCCCCACGGAGCUCCCCUCAGAGACCAGUAGCUGCAGCUCCUCCACCCACUCCGAGGAGUCCUUCGCCACCCGCCUGGCGCCUCCCUCGCCCGUCUUCUCCUCCUCGGGCCUGUGCAACGGCCACCGGCCGCCGCCGCCGCCCGUCAAGUCCCGCCAGGAGAGGCGCUCCACCAAACGGCGGAAGUCGCGGCAGACGGAGCUGACCUUCCCGCCCAUGCCGGAGGCCCGCGUGGCGUCGCUGCCCAGCCUGCAGCAGCUGAUGAAGGGCAGCCGGGGGAUGGGCGUGGGCACCAUCAGGGUGAGCGCCGUCAGCGGACACGUCUGAGCACGCUUGCACAAAGACUUGGCGUCCCAAAGAACCUCCUGUCGGCGUCCACUCCCUCAAAGACCUUUUAACGGUUACGUGCCUUUAUGACCUUUUUUUUUUUUUUUUUAAAGGCUUGUGAGGACAACAUGUGUGUCUGUCGUAGAAGAGCACACAUGGUGUAGUUGUUCCCACCAUGGCAUCCACAAAGUAUUCACGCAUGUGAGAGGAGCGUUACAAACUUCAUGACUUUGGGGACCACUUUUUCUUUGGCUUUUGUUUCCCUCCCGCCUCUGUCAGUCUACUCCCGACUAGCUGAAUGAAGAAAACACAAACCUUUUUUAGCGAGGUUCCAUUUUAAACAUUUUAAUCAAGUACAGCAGCAGCAGCAGCAGCCUUGGAGGCCAUCCUCGCUCAUGUUUACUAAGGCACACGAAUCUGCAAGACCAGUUUUAUUUAUCUAUUUAUUUACGUCUCCAGUAAUUUCCUCCCACUGGCUGGCCAGUCUCCGCAUCCUGCAGCACCAACUUAAAGGAAAGCCUGCACACACUGGUACUCCUUUCAAUCUUCACGCUGCUGCUGCUGCUUUCAGAAGCUCUCAGUAGUCCUUUUCCUCACGUAAACUUCUUUUUUUUUGUUUUUUUUGUGCCUAUUCAGCAUUAGUGCGCCAUUUGCAUAGUCUCUGCAUUUUGUACUGUGUGCAUUUUCUGAAGGGCUGAGUGUGGUUUAUUCUGACCGAGGCUGGGAACUACACAUCACUACUCAUUACAGGGUCUACUUUCUUUUCUUUACACUAACCGGGGUCCGCUCCGGCCCACUUUGCACGAUUUUUCCCAACUGUGAAGAAGUAAUUUUUAGCUGGUGGUCUUUCUGUGUGUCCCUGGUCAUUGUUUAAAAAAAAAAAAUUUUUUAAAAGGGAACGCAGCAAAAAUGGUUGUUUGGAAACACUUAUCAUUCAUCUUUUCUCCUAUUCACUUUGUUUUUAACCCUUUUUGAAUGUGUAUGACAUGCUUGUGUGUGAUCAUGUAAUGAGAUUUGUGUCCCCCCCCCCCACGCCCCAGAGAUAACUCCCACCCUGGAGGGGUUCUACGAGCGCCAUGUGCACUUUUUGAAAUGACUCCUCAUGCCUUUUUUUUUCUUCUCUUGUUUCUUUUCUGCCUUUUUAAAUGUCAAGUGCUAUAUUUCGGUCUUUCUCUCGCUUUUGUUGCCUCUAUUAUUCUCUGAAAAGCUGCAAAGUGUUUUUUUCUCUUAGCAGGAGUGAGUUACUACAACAAUGUAGUGCCAUCUAGAAACUGUGAAUUUAUAAAUAAAAUUUUUUGUUGU